UUGAACUGCAAUUGUACGCGCAUCAGCCAUCUUCAGCUUUUUUCUUUCACGUCCAGAAAUGCUUUCGCCGGCAUUUGCACGUUUCUGGGCCAUAUUGUUUGGAUUACGACUGCUUGAGGAGAGCAUAACCACUGAAAGCGCUCAGCUCAUCAUCGGGACUUUCCCGGUCACAUGCCCGACACGUUCCGAACCUCAAGGCCUCAACAUCGACGUCGAACCUAUCAUGGCCUCUCUUCUGCUCCGACCUGCAUCAAUAUCAAGGACCAAUGCUUUGGUCUGUCGUUCUCGCUUGCUCUCGACGACGAGAGUAGUCAUGAAUGAGACACCUGUCGGCAUUCCUCAAAAGAAACCUGUAGGAGGAUUCCGCGGCGGAAUUGUCGGCUUUCUCUUUGGUUUCUCUUUGGCUUCUUCGUUCGCGGCGUAUCACCUACUAGAGGAGUUCAAGCAAGCAUCGGCAGCUCUUCAAGUUAGCGUGGAGCAGCUGCAGUUAAGCACCGAAGCCGUCACCGCACAGGUCAGGCGAAUUGAGGCUGUUGAGAAGGACUUGAAAGCACUGUCGGAUGCCUCUGCGUCCAAGGAGGACAUCUCAAGGGUUCGCGCCGAGUUGAAAAAGCUUUACGGCGGUCUUCAUGUUGAAUUUUUGGACUUGCGUACACACGUGUGGGGUAUUCAACAAGACUUACACUCGUUAUCAAAGAAAGAGUCGACUUCUGUUCGUACAGUGUAGUAAAGAACCUAUAGAAUUUUUGGCAUUCUCUUC